CAGUGCAAAUAUGGCAUCCAAGCACGUCUUACCACUCUUGACUCUGCUAGUGUUCCUUGCUAACGCCCACAUUUAUGAUUACUACCCGAAUAAUUACUACCCAGCAAACGGAAUUCAUCAACAUCAGAGUUACUUUCCACCACUACCACCAGCUCCAAUUGGGAACAAUUUUGGGAACACUUUUUAUAAUCAGAUCCCCAACAUUCUAACCCCAUUCCAACUCCCACGCCAGGUCCGUGUCCCCGGAAGGAUAGAAAUCAUAAUAAAUGGUGAUAUAGCAGAAAUUUUGUGUGAAUUUCCCCGAUAUCUUAUUCUUAUUCAGAAACUUCAUUGGCACCACCGCUACGAUGAUCCGUAUGGUACCUACUACGAUACCAACCAGAAUUUUGCACCACGAAUCAGUAUCAAAAAUGACUCCAAAUACAAAUCUAUUCUGAGAAUCCAGGGUUUCAAUGAGGACGACUUUGGGCAUUGGCGAUGUUUGUCGAGUGCUGUACUACCAGAAGAUGUGGACUACUUGGGAAAUUUGAGAAAUUUGAGAAAGAAACGAAGUUACUACGAUCCAAAACCUCCUAUUAAGGGCUUAUUUGCACCAUUUUUCAGACCCAGCUAUGGUUUAUUUGGAAUUUUUCAAGAAAUUAAGUUUGCUCCCUUGGCCCAACAAGGAGGUAGUCAACAGUUGGUCAGAGCAACUGGUAAUAAUACCAUUUAAAAAUAUAGUCAAUUUAGACAGUCGAGGUCGUUGUGAUGUGUUUAAUAAAUUUAUUUUCAUGACAAAGUGGAGAACUAUACUUUAAG